AUGGGUAUUUGUAGAUCUAGCCCUAUGCCAGAAGUAAAGGAAAUAAAUGAAAUAAAUUUCAUAGAAAAGAAGAAUCAAAUUAUAGUUCAAAAUGUAGAAUAAGAAGAAAAUUAAGCUAGAGGAAAGAAAGCCAAAUAAGAUUUAGAAAAAGAAAAAGAAAAAGAAAAAGCGAAAAUAGAUGAAGAUAAACCUAAAGAUCAGAAAGAAUAUUAAGGGAAGUUUAUUGAGCCAUCUUUGCCUGCUUAUUUUAUAGAGAAAGUCAAUUAUAAACCAAAGGAGGAAUAUCGAUAUCUCCCUCCUUACUAAGAUGAAGAUGGAAGCAUUUACAAAGGAUAAUGGAGUAAAGGGGAAGCAAACGGAUAUGGUUAAAUGUUAAAACCUGACGGAACUUAUUUUAAAGGAUUGUGGUAAUCUGAUAUCUUUACAGAAGGAGGUAUUCUGUAUCCAAAUGGGGAGUUCUUUGUAAAUCUAAUUGAUUAUUUUUUAGAUUGGAACAGCUAAUUUUGGAAUAAGAUGCUUAAAAAACGGUGUCAUGUUUUAAGGUGAAGCAGACUAUGGAAUUCCUCAUGGUUAAGGUGUAGAAAUUCAUCCAAAUGGUAAGAAAAAUCAAGCAUUUUAUUAAUUUGGAGAAAAGAUAUAAUAAGAUUAAAAUCAAAAGAAUCAUUGA